CCCAAAAAUCAAACACAAAUUUCUCUCUCUCUCUCUCUCUCUCUCUCUCUCUCUCUCUCUCUCUCUUUCUUUUCUUUCUCUCGAGCGGCCAGCAAAUGAAGAAUCUAUGCUUUUAAUCAAAACCGGCCAUGGCGGAGAAGAAGACCGCAGCAACAGAGAAUUCGCUCAAAAACACAGCAGCAGCAGCAGCAUUAGCAUUUCCCAAUCAGAUGAUGAUGAUUCCAGAAAACAGCUUUUCCAACCCAAACACCUUAUUUGACAUAUCAUGUGAACAACCUCAUCAUCAAAAGACCUCUUCUUUCGGCUUCAUAGACAUGUUGAGUGUCCAAGAUUUCACCACCCCUUCUUCUCUAUUUGAUGAUGAUUUUCUUCAAAAUAUCACACCCAACCCCUCCUCCUUCCUUCCGCCGCCCUCAUCCACCGUGCCGGAAUAUUCUGAGGUGGUUAAUACUCCCCUCACACCUAACUCUUCUUCUAUGUCCACUUCCUCUUCAACUGAUCAGCCACCCCCAAAUGAAGAUCACAAAAAGACUACUCAAACUGUUGAAGAAGAAGAGGAGGAACAAGAACAAGAUCAACAAAACACUACUAAGAAACAGUUGAAACCGAAAAAGAAGAAGGAGAAAAGGCAAAGGGAACCGAGAUUUGCGUUCAUGACAAAGAGUGAGAUUGAUCACUUGGAUGAUGGCUACAGAUGGAGAAAAUACGGCCAGAAAGCUGUGAAAAACAGCCCUUUUCCAAGGAGCUACUACCGGUGCACUAGUACAGCAUGUGGUGUGAAAAAGAGAGUUGAAAGAUCGUCUGAGGAUCCAUCCAUUGUUGUCACAACCUACGAAGGUACACACACACAUCCCUGUCCCAUUACGCCACGCGGCAGCUACGGCCUCAUGCCGGCGGAAACAGCUGCCAGAUUAGGCGGCGGUGGUAUCAUCGGCGAAGGGGGUGGUUCUACUUCUACAUCCCAUUUUGUCAUCCCUUCUCAUCAAAUGUUUCAGCAGCAAUUAACACCAAGGACUACAAUAUUUCAACAACAACCCUAUAUUUUUCGCAACUUGAUCACACCGCCACCGCCACCACCUUUGAGUUUCAGCACUACUAGUACUACGACUAAUCCGACAUUUAAUCCUCCAGCUCCUUCCUUAUUUCAAGAAAGACCAUUUUGCCCCUCCACCUCCUUGGCAAGAGACCAUGGUCUUCUCCAAGACAUGUUGCCAUCUCAGAUGUUUAAGGAUCCAAAGGAGGAGUAGUAGCACUUCUAAGAUACAGUACGUAGAGAAAGAAUUAUUAACUAGUUUUUAUUAAUUAGUUGGUAAUUAUAAAUUAAUGUUUUAUUUUUCUUAAUUUACUGACUUAUCAA